CACGCACUUUCCGAGGAAAAGAUUGCUCCUGCCUUAUCAUCAACUGUCCCAUUACUUUGUCCUUCCCUGGGACAAGCGAUUGCAUGCGAUGACCGCUGCAACUUGUGUUGUGACUAAUCAUCGCAUUUGUAACUUAUUAGUACCUUUCUGCGAGAAGAAUGAUAAGGAAAGUGGCUACGGAGCCACUGUCAGCGGUUGAGGCAUCGUCCAGGCAUCCCUGGGGGCCUCAACCGAAGAUUUACAUACCGGCAUCCUUGGUAGCAGUGGUGUUGCUGGUUUCAAGUGCAGCAAUCACAACGGCCACUGCUCUCGGUCGCAGUGACAUAAAACAAGUCACAAUACCCGAGCGGCAAGGCAAAGAGCUGAGGUGUAAGAAAUGGGAUGAUGUGUACCGCGGAGACUUCCACGAUGCCUAUCGCUGGGUCCAUAUACCCACUGCUUCUGCUGCUGCUGCUGCUGCUGCUGCUGCUGCUGCAACUAACAUUGGUUCAGGAAAUGGAUUGUUGGAGAAUUCUACACAAUCUUCAGCUUCGUCGUGUGAUACCAGCAGUGUUGCGAUGUUUGGUUCAACGCAGGCAGAAGUACGGCAUGACCUGCCAGCUCCUGGUGUGGACACAAGUUCUCAUCGAGUACUGGUUGCGGGCAAGAUUCUGUGGGUGUCGCAAGAACAGGGACAGACAGAGUACACGACCAUUGGCCAUACACGCUACCUGAGCAUCUCUGCGGCUCUACCUCAGGAUUCUGGACUAUGGGUAUGCUGCACUACAGCAGACGCGCAGCCGUUGAGUGUAUUCAACGUGACCGUGAAGGGCAGUUGGAACAAAAGACCAAUCAGCGAUGAUGAGGAUAUGCUACAGGGAUCCAGUGGGAUGGGCACUACUGCAAACCGUGCUGUGCUUUCUAGCAAGAAAUGUCCGCAGAUGGACGCCGUGAAGCGGCACACCAACUGCGAGUUGCAGAACUGGGAUUGUAACUGCGCCGUUGAAUGCUCACUGUCGUGUGAACACAGCGCUGACGACUAUUUCUUCACAUGGACAUUCAGUGAUACGGUACUCAAUGUGACCAAUCGAGUAGACCUUGUUGGUCACGGGUAUUUCGCAAACAGAAAUUAUCUCUGGCCCACAUUGAAGGUAGAUGGACCAACCCUUACAAUCCAUGCAUAUUACUUGUACAGUUUCUUUAAUGGCAAGUACGCUGGCGUGGAAGACAACAAGCCUCCUGGACUCUUUGAUACGUGGAGGAAAUUUGUGGAGAACAAAAUGUGGCUGACAUGUACUGCCGUGCGCAUCUCUGAUUCAUGGACAUCAACUGUGAACCUGACCAUUGAGAAGUUGAAGGUACUAAAACCGGAGACUGAGAAAAUCAGUGCUGAGAACUGUUCACUAGUAGGGAACGUUACGAACGCCAACCCGCUGUCCCCACUGUCACCAGAUCAACGUGUUCCAGAAAUUAGUACCUCUUCUUCAGUAGAAUUAAUUUCUACUGAGAUGUCCCUGACAUCGGCCACUCCUAGUUUAGAUGCAGCACUCGGCACAAUGUCUGUUGGUACAACACCGAGCAAGCCGGUCCCUGAAGUUGAGAACAUACUGGGCACCGUGAUCACUGCACAUAGCGAUGGACAGCAAACGGCUCGGCCCAGAAAUGUGACUUCAUCACUUCCCUUUGCAACGACAACAACAACAUCACUCAAGGGGGUCACGGGGAGAAAUGGUCUGAUAGGUGACGCGGGCAAUAACGAAGCUGGCGUGGCACUUGCAGCCUCCGUGGCUGGUCCAAUUGCAGCCCUGCUGCUUCUUGUCAUGGUGGUGAUGUACGUACGAUGGAAACGUAAUACAAAGCUAAGACACAGUCUGGCAAAAAACAACAACGGCAAUGUGAAACACUCCAGAGGAAGAAUGGACAGUUUUACUCGGCGAUUGUCACUGGCGAUCUUCUCGUCAUCCUCCUUGUCCUCACCAUCAGGCCAAUCAGCUUCAGAAAAUGAUAAACGCAUCCCUCCCAAGAUUAUAUCUCCCAGUUCAAUGAACUCUGACUCGAAUCUCAUCUCACCUUCAACGCCCAUGGGAUGGUCGGCGGGCAGCCGGCAGUCUCUCCGAUAUUCGCAUGCUCCCACGCAUUCCGGCAGUCAUGGUCAUGUUGGUGGCAUGCUUCCGCCGCCAGCCUGCUACGCACACACCUAUUCCAGUGCCGAAGCCCAGGCCACGCUGCAGUCGUGGAACGCCAACAGGACCCACCUGACGCCGUUCCGAUUCCUGUCACCAGCUGACCUGGAACACUGGUCCAUACCUCGCUGUGAUGUGACUUUUGGUUCCAGAAUUGGCAAAGGUGCAUUUGGUCAGGUGUAUGCAGGACAUUACCAUGCCACAUCAACUGGCAGCCAGCGUGUUGCACUGAAGAUGCCCAAAGAUGGCAUGUUUGACAGCUCCGAGUGCCUCCAGGAUAUGAUAAGUGAAGCAAGGAUCAUGUUCCAGGUCUGCCAAGGCCGCUCACCAUACCUUGUGAACUUGAUCGGUGUUUGUGUCGACAACGAAGGCCCUCCAAUAAUCUUGCUAGAGCACUGCGUGAAGGGAAGUUUGAUCGACUGGCUUCGUGCAUAUAGCUCGGCAUACGGCUCUCCAGGGAAUCUCCUCCUGACUCAGCUCAAGACUCAACCCAGUACUAUCCAGGCUGAAGAAUGUGCCUAUUUCAACCAUAAGAUGCAACCGAGCCCAACGAAGGUCACAACAGGGAAUAAUCUAACAAACGUACCAGGUGCUAAACAUGAUCCUCUUGGUGUUGAUGUCCAGCAGAGCAGUUUCAACCGUACAAAAGUCAAGGAUAUGAGCAUCAACAGUGAAGUCGAGGCUGACUACGCCAAUUUGCAGCAAGACAGUCGAGUACAAUCACUUGUCACACUCUUUAUCUCCUUUUCACAUCAGAUCGCCGCCGGCAUGGAGUACCUUAGCCGCUACAGUGUGGUUCAUCGAGACCUGGCAGCACGUAACAUCCUGCUGACGGAGUCAAACACACUGAAGAUAGCUGAUUUCGGUCUUGCACGUGAAUUGACAACCUUUCAGGGCUACUACCGCCAUCAGAACCAUAACGCACUGCCAUACAUGUGGAUGGCACCGGAAACCUUACCAGUAGCUGAGAACCAUGGCAGCAUGAUCUUCAAUGAACUCACAGACGUUUGGUCAUAUGGUGUUGUUCUGUGGGAGAUUGCCACCUUGGGUGAAGUACCGUACGGCCGCAACACACCUCUCCACACGCUGUACAUGAGCCUUAAGGCCGGACACCGCUUGAAGGACCCCGGCACGUGCAAGGAAAUGCGUAAGAUGAUGGUGAAUUGCUGGCAUGAUGAUCCGUCGGAACGACCAACAUUCACCAGACUACGCCAGUACUUUGCUUCAAAGCUGGAGAAAAGAGAGGACUGGGAAUACAUGAGACUGCUGGAUGACUCAUCCUUCGGCACGGUUGAUGUCGUACCUGAGGGUACAGGCGAAGAGGAAAGCAAGCUGUCCUACCAUGAGAAAGAGGGCUGAGAAGGCGAUGAGGGACUGCUUAUGCCGACUGCCAAUAGAGAACUGCCCGUCCUGACAAGGCAAUCUGCCGUCGCUUUGCUUUGCUUGGUGACUACGAGUCGUCACGUGUACACAUCAUCAGCCCUUGCUAAAGUGUGUAUGACAAUAACUAUGGACUAUCUUUUGCUGACUGAGUUCAGAAUCAGAACUGAAUGAUGCAUUUUGUUUCUAGGUCGGACACAAGCACAUUAUCGAAUCUGUGUGUACAUUUGGCUGUGGCCUAUCUCAGCACCAGUCUGCCUUUCACUAAGUUUCAUGCCAGCAUAAAAUGACCAUUGAAUUUGCAGCGAACACUCUUCCCUGCAAUACUUCCCUCACAUAAAACACAUAAUCAUUCGAAAUUAUUACAUUUUCUGCUGUACUAUUUUGACCACACCCGAGCUCAUGACUUCUUCUUCGUUGUGUUUUCGUUUUCUUGAUUUUCACAUGAUCAUAUUCAUCCACCGUAGGAACUGCAAGUAGCCUCAGCUAUCCCGGAGAGAAGGCAGAAAUGCCUGUACCCUAGCUGUUCAUUUCCACCGCAGCACACAGCGGGUUUUGCCGAGAAACGCGAUGAAACGAUUUCAAUUGCAGAGCUGUGAGUUCUCAAUGCACUUCUUCUGUCCAAGUCAAUGUUUCUUCAUCAGUUAGUUAGUCAUAUCAGUGUUACACAUUCAUAUGUUACAUUACUAGUACUUGCGUGCAUAACAGCACGGCAAACCCAAUAAAUUGAAGAUGAAUACUUCAUAUUUAUGUUGGCGGUCACAUUCUCUCUUUUUUGCUUCUUCCAACGCCACGUCAUAAUCAGCUUUGCCGCAUCGUGCUGUUUCCAUUUUAGUAAUUGCAUGUUAUCCAAUCAUGCAUUGUGUUGAUCAAUACUCUUACGUAUCCCA